AUGCUGGAGGCGGCGGCCGAGCCGGAGCUGGACCCCGAGGACCUGGUGCAUUUCUCGGUGGGGGACCUGCCCAGCCGGGGCUACGGGGUGAUGGGCGAGAUCCGGAGGCAGGGCAAGCUCUGUGACGUGACCCUCAAGGUAGGGGACCACAAAUUCAGCGCCCACCGGAUCGUACUAGCAGCCUCCAUCCCUUACUUUCAUGCCAUGUUUACAAAUGACAUGAUGGAAUGCAAACAGGAUGAGAUUGUCAUGCAAGGAAUGGAUCCAAGUGCACUAGAGGCGCUGAUCAACUUUGCUUACAACGGACACCUAGCGAUUGAUCAGCAGAAUGUUCAGUCUUUGCUGAUGGGGGCAAGUUUCCUUCAGCUGCAAAAUAUCAAAGACGCCUGCUGUACCUUUCUCAGAGAGAGGCUUCAUCCGAAGAACUGCCUGGGUGUAUGUCAGUUUGCAGAAACCAUGAUGUGUGCCGUGCUCUACGAAUCUGCCAAUAGCUUCAUCCACCAGCACUUUGUGGAGGUGUCCAUGUCCGAAGAGUUCCUUGCUCUACCCUUCGAAGACGUGCUGGAGCUGGUUUCGAGGGAAGAGCUCAACGUCAAGUCUGAGGAGCAGGUAUUCGAAGCUGCGUUAGCCUGGGUACGGUACGACCGAGAUCAGAGGGAACCCUGCUUACCUGAGCUACUGUCCAAAAUCCGACUGCCCCUUUGUCGACCUCAGUUCCUCACUGACCGUGUGCAACAAGAUGACCUUGUCCGCUGCUGCCACAAAUGCUGGGACCUGGUGGAUGAAGCAAAAGACUAUCACCUAAUGCCAGAACGCCGGCCGCACCUCCCGGCAUUCAAAACGCGUCCCCGGUGCUGCACGUCAAUUGCAGGAUUGAUUUAUGCUGUUGGAGGUCUUAAUUCAGCAGGUGUUGCAGUGAACGUGGUGGAAGUCUUUGACCCCAUUGCAAAUCGCUGGGAGAAGUGCCAGCCGAUGACGACGGCACGUAGCCGAGUGGGUGUGGCUGUGGUGAAUGGACUCUUGUAUGCCAUUGGUGGAUACGAUGGCCAGUUAAGACUGAGUACGGUGGAAGUUUACAACCCAGAGAUGGAUUCUUGGUCCAAAGUGGGAAGCAUGAACAGCAGACGAAGCGCAAUGGGAACAGUAGUGCUGGAUGGGCAGAUCUAUGUAUGCGGUGGGUAUGACGGAAACUCAUCCCUCAACUCCGUGGAGACGUACUCACCAGAAACAGACAAGUGGACGGUAGUGACUCCCAUGAGUUCGAAUUGCAGUGCGGCUGGAGUCACCGUGUUCGAAGGCAGGAUCUAUGUGUCUGGAGGGUACGACGGUUUACAAAUUUUCAGCAGUGUGGAGUACUACAACCAUCACACAGCCACGUGGCACCCCGUCGCAAGCAUGCUGAACAAGCGUUGUCGGCAUGGAGCCGCCUCCCUGGGUAGCAAGAUGUUCGUCUGUGGCGGCUACGAUGGGUCCGGCUUCCUCAGCAUCGCCGAGGUGUACAGCUCCAUGGCGAAUCAGUGGUACCUGAUCGUCCCAAUGAACACCCGACGGAGCCGCGUCUCCCUGGUAGCCAACUGCGGCCGCCUGUAUUGCGUGGGUGGUUAUGACGGACAGUCCAACCUGAGCUCGGUGGAGAUGUACGACCCAGAAACCAACCGCUGGACGUUCAUGGCCCCUAUGGUGUGUCACGAGGGAGGGGUUGGUGUGGGGCGCGUACCACUCCUGCCCAUCUGA